CGACAACAUACCUGAGCGGGUUAGCUGGAAACGGUAGUGACACCUGAGGCUCGGGACAGGAGCAGGAGACCGGGGACGAGAGGCGACUUGAGGAUGUCUUUGAAUGAAGAGGGUUAUGUGGUUCGAAUCAGAGGACUACCAUGGUCCUGCACACAAGAGGAGGUUGCCAGUUUCUUCUCUGAUUGUGACAUCGUUGGGAAAGUAAACGGAGUGUGUUUCACCUACUCUAAAGAAGGCCGUCCCAGUGGAGAAGCAUUUAUUGAGCUGAAAACAUCAGAGGAUUUCAAGAAUGCCCUUGCUAAGGACCGUAAAUACAUGGGACACCGAUACAUAGAGGUGUUUAAGUCGAACCGUAGUGAGAUGGACUGGGUGCUGAAACGUAGCGGUCCUGCUGACUAUGACAGUUGCAGCGGCUGCAUGCUGCGACUUCGAGGCCUUCCCUUUGGCUGCAGCAAGGAGGAGAUUGUUCAGUUCUUCUCAGGGUUGAGAAUCGUGCCAAAUGGGAUUACUCUGCCAGUGGACUACCAGGGGAGGAGCACAGGGGAAGCCUUCGUGCAGUUUGCCUCAAAGGAGAUAGCAGAAAAGGCUCUGGGGAAACACAAGGAAAGAAUAGGGCACAGGUAUAUAGAGAUUUUUAAGAGCAGUCGCAAUGAGAUCAGAGCCUACUACGAGCUGCCCCGGCGGGGAAUGGGAGGACAGAGACCGGGGCCCUACGAUAGACCAAUGAUGGGGGGGGCCAGGGGAGGGUUUUUUGGGCCCGGGCCUGGUCGCGGUGGGGCUCUGAUGGACACCAUGAGGAGUGGAGGGGGCUAUGGAGGAGGUUACGGUGGCUUUGACAGCUACAAUGGUUUCAACAACUACUGUUUUGGCAACGGCAUGUUUGAUGAGCGAGUGAGAGGAGAGAGGGGAGGAAGAGGCAUGGGAGGCCACGGUUACGGUGGUCAAAGUGAUGUUUGUUCAGGCUUCCACAGUGGCCAUUUUGUCCAUAUGAGGGGUUUGCCUUUCCGUGCCACCGAGGGAGACGUCGCUAAAUUCUUCUCUCCUUUGAAUCCACUGAGGGUCCACAUCGACGUGGCUCCUAACGGCAAGUCGACCGGAGAAGCAGAUGUGGAGUUUCGCUCCCAUGAAGACGCUGUGGCAGCCAUGUCCAAAGACAAGAACCACAUGCAGCAUCGCUAUAUUGAGCUGUUUCUGAACUCAACAGCCAGUGGAGCCGCUGAAAUGAGUCGUGGCGGCAGCGGUUACUACGGUAACUCUGGAGGCGGCGGAGGCUCCCGGAGCAGCGGGCUGCGAGGUUCAUACUGAUGAUGUCAUCCCACUUUUCCGAUCCAUCCUGACCGUUUGUCUCGCGUCUCUUUGGGCCACAUUUACUCAAUUACUUUUUCUAAGCAGAAGAGCUGAUCUGAGGUCAGUCACUUGCUCUUUUUCUUGUGGGGUUUAACUCAAACUUCGCCUCCGAUACUAAAACAGACCAGAUACAACCUGACAAGUAACUAUUAUAACACCAUUCCUGAAAGCAUAUGAAGAACAAAACAACUCGUCAACAUAAAAUGUUGGAGCUGUUACAGGUGCUGAACAGUUAAUUGGUCACAUGGGAGACUUCUUGUUUCUUAUAGAUAUAUUUUUUUAAAACAAUUGGUUAUUGUAAUACAGGUUUUUAGGAUUUCUAUUUAAAGUAAGUUUUCUCAAGUUAUCUGAUAAAGAGAAAACAAACACUUUUUUUUCCAGAGUUUUGAAUUGCAUUGAGAGGGCGAUAGCUAAAUGUGUUCCAGUUUUUAAUGACUUUAUUGAGAUGCACUUUUGUUUGUGUCAUUUGACAUCUCACUGUUGGCAGGAGAUCUUUGUUAUCUUCAUAGGACAGAAUAACAGCUGUGGGAGUUGAGGAGAUUAGAAUAAUAUUGUGCCACUCUGCUGUCGAGACUGAGAGUGGUCAGCUGAUGAAAACUGUGGUCUGACUGAGAUAAUGUGUUGAGGUGAAUGAUGCUCUUUGGGAGGUGGAGCAGUGAGAAGCACGUCAUAAUUUAACAAGCUUCGGAUUUAAAACAAUUCAAUCUAAAUCUUUGUUUCGUCUGGUUUACACUGACUUUCAGCAGAACAUUUGACCGUCCUGUAAAAUACAGAUUCACAGAUCAGGUUUUCUGCUUAGAAAAGUUUGAUUAUUGUGAGCCAGUGUGUUUUUUUAUGAAUGUUUUCACAGUUCAUUACAGAAUUUAAGAUUAAGUUGAAUAUUAUAUUCCCCUCUCAAAGAGUGGAAGUAAAAUAAAGUCUCUAUAUUUGAGCUGUAAGAUAGCUUAUGCAGCUGUUGUACAUUUUGCCUAAUAAAUUUUAUAUUUAAUUCUC